AUUCCACCCAGAAGCAAAGGCUGCAGAGCGUGGCCCGCCCGGUUCUCGCAGAAUCAUAUGAUAAUAUAAAUUGGAGGCUUCGAAUCGCCGAGCCUGGAUUGUUUGAUCCGCCUCCUGGAGGAGCGUGGGUGUCGAGAGAAGGCAUCAGCAGCAGCAGCAGUAGCUUUUGCGAGGUGCCGCCAGGGGUGGUGGGCACUGGAGCAGAGUGGAGUGGAGUGGAGUGGAGUGGACCGAAAGGAAGAAAAUCACGAAGACGACGAGUGCCGCUGCAGGCAGCUGUAGGUCGUUAGAGUGGCAACGAGGUCAAUCGAUGAAGGGGGUUUGGUUCCUGGUCGUUUUGUGUGUCGUCCCAUGGAUGUCAUUGUCGCAGCUCGCGAUGGCGGCACGCCCUCUGGAGGCCUCCUCCUUCGAGCAGCUCUUGAAGCACGGCAAGCCUCUGUACGUUCGCAUGGCGGACACUGCUCUGGACAUUUUCAAUUCGACCGGUCCAGGAAAGGAGCAGUGGAACUACGAGCGAGGAACUCUGCUUUACGGAAUUGAGAGUGUGUGGCGGAAGACGAAUGUCGACAAGUACUACGAGUUCAUCGUGAACAGAACCGAUGCUUUCGUGGCGGAGAAUGGCUCAAUUCCCACCUUCAAGAUCGAGGAUUACAACCUCGACAACAUUCGAUCGGGAACGAAUCUCCUCUUUCUCUACGGGAAGACUGGAUUGCAGAAGUACAAAAUCGCAGCUGACCUCCUGCACGAACAAUUGAAAGGGCAGCCCCGGCUCAAGGAGGGAGGGUACUGGCACAAGCUGAUCUACCCUUACCAGAUGUGGCUCGAUGGGCUCUUCAUGGCCGAGCCCUUCAGAGCGCAGUACGCCAAAAUGUUUGACAAGCCCGAGGAGUACGACGACAUCGCUCUGCAGCACAUCUGGAUGGAGAAGAAUGCGCGCGACGAGAAGACCGGCUUGCUGUACCACGGCUACGACGAAUCCCGGGAGCAGGCGUGGGCCAACAAGGUGACGGGAACGUCGCCGAGCUUCUGGGGCCGGGCGAUGGGAUGGUACGCCAUGUCGCUGGUCGACACUCUGGAUUACUUCCCGAAGGAUCACCCCAAACGCGACGACCUCAUCCACAUCCUCCGCCGCCUCGCCAAGGCACUCACCGACUUCCAAGACAAAGAUUCAGGCGUCUGGUGGCAGGUCGUCGACCAAGGCGGUCGCGCAGGAAAUUACUUCGAGUCCUCUGCCAGCUCCUGCUUCGUCUAUGCUCUGGCCAAAGGAGCUCACAAGGGCUACCUGGCGCCGCAUUACUAUUUGGCUGCCAAAUUUGGGUAUGAGGGAAUCAAGAAGCAAUUCGUGGUCGACAGGGCCGAUGGCGGCAUCGAUCUCACCAAUACAGUUUCCGUGGGAGGUCUCGGGGGCACUUCGAACUACAGGAAUGGCACGUACGAGUAUUACCUGAGUGAGAAAGUGGUGACAAAUGACGCCAAAGGCAUAGGCCCAUUCCUUCUCGCCAGUGUGCAAUUAUCUCAUUAAAUCGCCGAAAACUGGUCACCAUCGACAAUGUAUCUUACAGCACAGCUUAGCUUCGCUUGAUUCGGUUUCUGACAGAAAGCGCAGUCAAGGCUUUGAUGUUGCCGCGUAGGUUUUAGUGAGGAGCUUAUUAUAGUCACGAAAGUCCAUCGUUUUUUCUUGGAGAAGGAAUGUUCCUGCCGAGACGUGUCCAAUUCCCUUCUCUGUGUCCAAUUUUUAAGUACAGAGGUUGUCAGCCUCUGAUUUGGCGUCGCUUGGAUCUGAUCAAGUUAUACGAAAAUGUCGCAGUCGUCGGGACUAGAAAAUGUUUAGGUGCAGAGUUCCACAUUUCGCUUCUCAGUGUUUUUUUACUGCCAAUCUCCGGUUCGCUUUUGCAAUGUCUGGCUUUCUGAAUUGGAAAGUUAUAUAAUACAAACUCGUGUGCGCAAGCACUCCAAAUUCUGCCCAUCGACAUCACCAUGUCUGACAAACUCGUCGCUGACAAGCAUUCAAUAUUGGAACGAUGUUAACUGCCAAGUGUUCAAGGUAGCUGACUUCGUCAUGCAC